UCCACAUAAGCCAUAUCAACAGCAAAAUUUUGACAUUUGACACCUGUGAGACAAUCUGCGGAUUACGAUUUGAAGGUGAAACAUGGAAGUCCCAGGAAAGAAAGCAUCAAAACAAUUUUCAACGUCAACAACAACAAUGGCAUCGGAUGAAGAUCUUCAAAUUUACUGUCAGCCUUGUGACGAGGAAGGAACUAGACUCCCUGCCCAUGGUUACUGCAGUGACUGCAAGGAGCAUCUUUGCAAGACAUGCAUUAAAGUCCAUAAGAUAAACACGUUUACCAAAAAGCAUACACUUAUGGAUGCAACAAAUUUGCCGAAAGUCGCAGGCCUGUCUGAUGUCUUGACCACACCAUGUCUUAAACAUUCAAGAAAAAUGAUCAAGUUCUACUGCAAUGAUCAUAAAAAAAUUCUCUGCAGUGUUUGUGUUGCACUUGAACAUCAAGCUACAACCUGCAAAGUCAACUAUAUACCAGACAUUUCUGGUGAUAUAAUAGACAGCAAAGAAUAUCAAGUUAUCUUGAAUUCAGUUAAUACCACUUAUGACAAGUUUCAAAAGAUAUAUAAAGAAGUCAAGAACAUAACAUACAAAUCAAGCAGCUCUCUUAAAGGUGCAUUAGUUGACAUUAAAAAGUUUCGGGAAGAAAUCAACCAGAGACUAGAUGAACUUGAGAGACAGGCUGAAGAUGCAGUUACAGUUAUAGAACAAGAAAACAAUAAACAUCUGAAAGCAGUAGAAACAACAUGUGAAGAAGUUACCAAAUCUUUGAAGAUAUCAUCAGACAAAAUCAAACAACUCAACACAACAAAAGAAGCUGAAAAACUCUUCAUUGAUUUAAAACUUGCAGAGAAAACAAUCAAAGAUAUGCAGGGAAAACUAUUAAACCUGCCUUCAUUUGAUUUCAAGGAGCACAACUUUCUAUCAAAUGAUGUAAUAUUAAAUUUCUUUAAAGCAGAGAAGUCUAUGGGUACAUUGACACACACAACUUUUAAUACAGAAUGUCAACCUGUAAAAUUACAGUAUAGAAAAUCGUCACAUGAGGGAGAUAUCUGUGUGAACACAUUAAAAGAUAAAACCAUAUGCUGGAUAACAGGAAUGACUCUGCUGAUAUCUGAGCUUCUUAUAAUCACAGACUACAAUAACAAUGUUGUGAAGAUGGUGGAUACCAGCAGUCAGUCUGUGUCUGAUCAACUACAACUUGAUUCUGGACCAUGGGAUAUCACCACAGUAUCCGGUACUGAACUUGCCGUCACACUUCCUAACAAACAGACCAUACAGUUUAUAUCAAUCUCAUCAAACAAACUCAUAAAGGAGCAAACUUUGAAUGUUUUUGGACAAUGUCAUGGUAUAAGCUGUUACCAAGGUAAACUUGUUGUGUCAUUCCUUAAUCCUACAAAACUUCAGAUCCUUGAUAUGAAUGGCACUAUACUGAACAUUGGUGGACAAAAUAUUUUCAAUAGGCCAGAAAACAUUCAUUUUGGUGGAAAAAAUAUUUUCAAAUGGCCAGAAUAUAUCCAAUGUAACAGAAAUUCUAUCUAUGUAUCUGACAAGGGCAUAAAAACAGUAACAAUAUUAAACUGGCAAGGCGAUGUGAUUGGUAGUUAUAGUGGUACAAGUUGCCCUGUGGGAAUGUCACUGUCAGAUGAUGGUACUGUCUUUGUAUGUGACAGGGUGAGAAAUGUUAUAGAAGAGAUAUCAAGCUAUUAUUCUACAGGAAAGGUAGUGCUGCAAUAUCUGAAGAGACCAGUGGCUGUAUGUUGGUGUGGUGAAGCAAAGAAGCUAUAUUUCAGCUGUAAUACUUGGGAUGAAAAUAUUGACAACUUCCUUCACAUCCAUAACCUGUCAUAGACAUGAUAGACUUGAACAGUUCUUAAAUAGCAAACAAAAAACAACAACAAAAAACAACAACAAAAAACAACAACAAAAACACUGGCAUUAGCAUUAUCCAUUCUUCUGUAAAAUUAGCAAUUGAAGACACAUGUUUUACGUUUUGUCUUAGUGAUUUAAAUCUCAUGUUGAUAGGAAUGAUUUAAGAAAUCCCUUUGUUGUAUUCUUACAAAUGGUUUAAUGAUUUGGUGAGUAACAAGAAAACUACUAACAGUCAUACUGGGAAUACAUGAAAUAACAAGAGCACUUCAAAAAUUUUAACGCGUGGUCAAAGCCACAGCUAUCAAUAACCAAGGGACAUAAAUGAAAACUACAAUUCAGCAAUCAUAAUAGCUCGAAUUUUCAUUACAAUAGAUAACUUUGUUUACAUUGAUAAAUUGACUGUCCUAGGUUAUAUCGAUAAAAGCAUUUCAUCUUCAAUCUUACAAGUACCUUAUGAUAUGAUAAAACUGAUGAGUUUUCUUUUGUAAUCAUCAAAUGAACUUUUUAUAUUUUAUGUAACAAUGCCUGUCCUAAUACCAUUCAUUAUUUGUAACACUUAUAUUUAAACAGAGUACAUCAUUAAAAUUCAGU